CUGCGCUUGUUAAUUACUUGCCUGUGUGUGACCCUCUUUUAACUCACUCAUUUACUGUAGCACUUCCAAGACACUCUUUCUGCACUACAGCAGCUACUGGAUUUGUCUCGGCACAUUCUUUUGGGUCUUCAACUGUUGUUUUCGUUCGAUUCAAGCAAUGAGCGCGGAGAAUGAGGGUCGUGUGAUUAUUCCUCGCACGCGCCCAUCAUGUUCACAGUGUCAAAGGUCAAAGAAGCGAUGCGACCGAGAGAAGCCCCGAUGCUCUGCAUGUGUGCGAUAUGGGAGAGAAUGCAUCUAUACUAGCACCGUGGGCAUCGUGGAAAAUGACCAACCCACAACACUUGCCCCAUCUAGAUCGCCGUCGAAAGUUGCUCAAGAGAAUGAAGAAAACUUUCCUGUAGUGUUCUUCCUUGACUCUGUUCUUUUUCAGCGCUCCUUGAAUCGGUUACCAGAACUAGAAUUAAGCCUCGGCGAUCCGCUCUUGAGCUACAUUGGUCACGAUUCGUCUGAUAGAGCAUUUGUAAGCAAAUACUUUACAACUAUUCAUCCAGCGAUACCAUUUUUAUCGAAGAGAGGGUUUAAAGAGAGAGUUUUAAAUCCGUUGGCUCCUCAGCGACCAGCAAACACACUUCUUGUUGCUUCAAUGAAGCUAUUGGCAACUCCAUUAGAAGAUGAGGGGCCACGAUGUGGUGCCUAUUAUGCGAUAAAAAACAGCCUACUAGAAGCCGAACACUCAUGUGUUUUGGAAUUGCGCGUACUACAAGCCAUCAUCCUCGUUGCUGUAUACGAGAUUGGGCACUCUAUUUACCCUGCGGCAUACUUAACGGUGGGCUAUUGUAUACGGUAUGGGACUGCGUUGGGCAUUCACAGAGCAGUGGAGCAGUAUUCAGAAGAGACCUUCAGUAUUACCGAGUCCGAAGAGCGACGUAGAAGCUGGUGGACCAUAUUGGUCUUAGAUCGUUUUAUAAGCCUUGGUAGCGCCGACAGAGCCUUUCUCACACCAGAUCCCAGCAGUAACAGCUUGUUACCUAUUGACGACACGAUAUGGGAGGAAAAUGGAGAGACCGAUGCUCCGGUACGCAGGCUCUUUGAGCCACCGACCACGUCAAUGGGCCGCUUCUCCUUGACUGCGCAAGCCGCAGUCCUUCUGGGUAGGGUGUUUCGUAGCAUACAUGAGUUCCCUGUUUCAGAAGAGUUUUGGCAAAACGAUGUUAAAGUAUUAGAUAAUACUCUCGUCGCAUUGACAAAUGUUUCGUUGGAAGAGGGUCGCUUUCGUGGCAUUGCCGUGUGUAGCCCUUCAACUAUCUGCUAUAGUGCACGAUUGCUUCUACAUGAUAAAGAAAGAUAUGCACCUGGCAAAAAGCCACUCGCUUCAACAGAUAACUUCAUAUCACAAGAUUUCAAGCAUGAGAUUGCUGUUGGUAUGCUUGGAUUAGCUAAUACAAUAAUCGCCACGAACAGCUGUGCCGCGGAGGAAAUCACGCCGCUUUGUUUAGAGGCGAUUUAUCGGGGAGCAGUACUAUACGCUCAAGAAUAUUCGAGAACAGGCGAUCCCAGCACUGCAGCAUCAUGUAACGCUAUCAAAGACGCUCUGAGCAUAAUUAGCAAGAGAUGGAGGGCGGCCGCAUUCUAUGUUCAAUUAAUUGAUGCACGAAUGGUAACUGGUAUCUUAUAGCUUUCCAUGUCUGGACGUAUGUAGUAUAUUUCGGUCCUAUGCCUAGAUGAGAGCUUUCCACAAUGAAACGUUUGAAGCAAUACAAUUGGGGAGUAAGAGCUGUAUAGAGAUGUCUAUUAAAUCUAAUUGAAACUGUCUAUGAG